CCGGAAGUGUUCCACUGGCUGGCGGAACACAGCGGAGAGGAGAGAGGCAGACGUGAGGGACAUCUUUUCUCUUCACUCACAGGAUAAGUCUGUAAGGAUGGAAAUGGAUAUCAAUGGAGGAUCAAGAGCACACGUGUCGAUUGUUCCUGCAUCUGAAAUCAAAGCCACAUUAAAACCCGACAGAGAGAGACCUCGAUGUUCCAGCACCCCGUGUUCGCCCAUCAGAGGCACUGUCGCAGGGUACCAGAUCCUCCACAUGGACUCAAACUAUCUGGUGGGCUUCACCACUGGGGAGGAACUGCUUAAACUAGCCCACAGGUGGUCAGAAAGUCCUCCAGAAAAGGGUUCAGUCUCAGAAACUGUGUCCAACUCUGUCCAGAGCAGUGUCCCGAAGGCUGGAGAGUCUGUCCUCCACAAGUCUCCACGAAUCUGCAAAGGAAAAAGUCGUUACUACCAACCCUAUGAGAUUCCUGCUGCCAAUGGCCGGAGGCGGAGGCGUAUGCCAAGCUCCAGUGACCCCAUCCUAAGGUCCCUGGCUCAGGGGGAAGCUGGGAGGGGUCUUCAUGCUUCACUGCCACCCUGUCUGCUUAAAGGGAAGAGGGCCCAGUCCAAGUCUCUGGACUACCUAAAUCUGGACAAAACAAGAAUAAGAGAGUCGUCGGACACGGAAGUGUUGCAGUACCAGCUGCAGCAUCUCACCCUGCGGGGGGAGCGCGUGUUCACCAGGAACCUGACAUGAGAUCAGUGGAAGGUCCUUACAGGUGUCUUCUAUCCUUUUGGGGAUUAAGGUGCUAUUUCCAGCUUGGUUUCUUUCAACUCAGAUAAUAAAAUGUUCUUCAAGAGGAAAAUCUGCUAAUCUGGUUAUUUUAUGGACUCUGGGUUAACCUUGUACAUGGCAUCUCCUCGCAUUGUAAUUAGGUUGUUGAAGUUAAAAAUGUGAAUUACAGUAUAUAAAAUGAGCAAUAAUUUGUAAAACUUAUUGGCAGUGCUGUUUGUUUGUACUGCUCAGAAACACAAAGUGUCAGAGCUGAUGAAGCACAUAUCCUAUACUUUAUUAAACAUAUACGAUGUUUAAAUGGAUUAUUGCAACCACUUCAAUGCUAGUUGCACUGUGAAGAGCUGUGUUAGUGGAAGUGUUUUUUUGUGUGUUAACAACAGCUGUUAAAUUAGCAGGAUUAUAUUUUUACUAACUUGCUUAUUUGCUGUUUUGUUGUUUUUAAUCAAUGUUGAUGUUUAUAAACCUCUUAUUUUUUUUUAGAAUAUGUGCAUGUUUAAAACAAAUUAAAGUGAUACUCAGAUGUUUGAGGCGGUAAAAUACUUUCAAACUCACAUGCCAUAUGUACAUUAAUAAAAAACAUAAGUGAUUGUUUUCAUCCCUCUGCCCAUACUAACCCCUUCCAUAUUUUAUAUAUUGAAUGGGAUUUCUACUGGCAGGCCAUGCAACAAGCUAGCUGAAUAACCAGGGACAAUUCAUUCCAUUCUUUAGCUCCUUAGGUCACUGGUCACCAGGCAACACAAGACCAUCCCUUCUCAGCAGGACUACACUGUUGAAGAGUCGGCCUGUGAAUGUGGAUAAUUUCAUAGCAAGUAUGAACAGGAAUUGACUUCUUUAAAUGUACACAGGAUGCUUUAUAUGUGCUGAAUUAAAUGUGGCACAGAAGUCAGCGCAAGACCAGACAAGAGGUUAAGGGCACAUCUUUCAAAUGGAAAAGAUGGCUGCUGUUGCUGGAUCCUUCACAUUGCCCCAACUUUAGUCCUGGUUUGUAACAUUAGACCAGUUUACAUGCUGGGAGUAAGAAGAAUCUGAGGAAUUAGUGGAGUAAUCUGUUUAUUGGUUAUUGUUGGCAAAUAUGGCUGGAAAUAUGUUGGCUUUAGAUAAACAUAGUUGCUUGGUCCCUAGUUUUGUACACUGGUUAUGCGCGCCACAAAAACAAUAUUGAGAUGUGUGUUUUCUAAUGAGUGUGUUUUUUCCUCUUACAGCUCGUAAUGGAUGUGUGCUCUAUGCCUGUCAGUGCUUCUGAUUCCACAGACUGUCUCUGGAAACUCAGUGCACUUUUAUAUCAGUACGUUCACAUACGCCAUGCCACUAUCUGCAGUUCUGUAGAACAAUCCGUGCACCCCUCUUUGAAAGUAAAUUGUGAUUUGUGUGCAUUAGAACAUUUAAUUUUGUUCAUGAAAGUUCAACAACUAAAGCCUCUGUGCCAAAUUCUGAUGUGAUGAAGUAUCUUCAGUGUAUCUGACAGAUCCAAAGGGGAGGGGGGGUGCACUGUCAGGAGGAGCCUGAUUACACUCGUUCUAUAAGAUCCACUAUUCAAUAUGUCUAAUUUCAGGUUUUUAUUUUGUACACCAAAAACAUGAAUGGAAAUGCUGGAUAUUAGAAAAAACGGUGUAUUGCGAUGAAAACAGACUGAAAAAAACGUGACCUACAUGAAGCAUGUGACUUCCACUGAAGAGACCAAAAACACAGCGGAUCUCUGUGGACCUUCCACCAUUGUUUCAUUUCUGUGUGCUUUGACUGGAGUUUCUAUUUACAUAUACAUCUUGUUUAAUGGUAUAAUUCCACCACAAGAUUUUCUUGAAUCACCCAAAUGUUUGCUUAACAAUAGUGGAUGGAAAUCACCUUUUGUUCACAUUUUCUUUUAAAAAUGUGUUUAAAUUGGUGUGCUAAAUUUGAAUGGGCAACAGUCAAACUACCUGUGAAACAAUGUCAUUUUAAACAGCUACUGAUGUCUUUAAAAACAAUAGUGGCUAAGCAUUGACACUACUGCCAAGCAAAGCAAAAAUACAUGUAAAGAAAACUUUUAUUUUCAGGCUUUUUGGAACUAUUAUUUAAAACUUGUGGGGUCUAUACACUUAUCCACUCUAUACUGUAUGUAAAGUCGUCUUAUGCACUUCUAUUUGUUCCUUAAGCCAAACAGAAAAAGUACAUUUCAUCUUAACCAAUGACUGUUAGAUAAUUAAAGUGUAUUUUUAUCCAAAGGAAGCUUACAGUUUUAUUUUUAUUU